GCGAACUGCCUGCUGUGCCAAAAGAGGACAGGCGCUCAGAGCCUGGUAGGAGGCUCGGCUCUCACUGUCAGCUAAGAAUUUACUCCGUUGUAGUUAACCUUCAAAGACAGUGGCACAUUGACACUGGGGUUAGUGGGAUCUGAGAAGACGUUACCCCGAUAAUCUGCAUCCUUCUGGGGCCCAAAAUCUAACAUCAGAAUGGAAACUCAACGUGAAAAAACACACACCUGUGGGACAAUUUGUCUGAAAUAUCUACUUUUCCUCUUCAAUAUUCUUUUCUGGCUGGCAGGAGGAGUGGUGCUUGCAGUGGGAGUGUGGACCCUGGUGGAAAAGAGCGACUACAUCAGUUUACUGAAUUCCAGCUUCUACUCGGUCUCAGCUUACAUCCUUAUAGCAGCUGGAGUCAUUGUGAUAAUGACCGGGAUAAUUGGAUGCUGUGCCACUCUGAAGGAGAUGAAGAGUCUUUUGAUCGUGUAUUUGAUCUUGCUGCUCUGUAUUUUCCUGCUGGAAAUCAUCGCUGGUGUCCUGGCCUACAUUACCUACCAACACUGUUUCCCUUUCUGCCACCAGCUGGAUGAGGAGCUCAGACAGAACCUGACGGGGACCAUGCAGCAGAAGUACCAGCAGACGGGACAGGAGAGCAUCACGGAGGCUGUGGACAAACUACAACAGGAGUUUAAGUGUUGUGGCAGUCACAAUUCCUCAGACUGGACAGACAGUGUGUGGAUCCAGUCUGGCCGAACCGAGCGGCUUGUUCCUGACAGCUGCUGUAAAACUCCCAGUGAACUCUGUGGCAUCAGGGACCAUCCCUCCAACAUCUACAAGGUGGAGGGAGGCUGCAUCGAGAAAUUAGAAGAGUUCAUCCUGAGCCAGCUGUAUAUUCUCAGUGCAGUGGGUAUUGGGAUUGCAUUUCUACAGCUUGUGGGGAUGAUGUUUACUUGCUGCCUUUAUCGGAGUUUGGAAGAAGACCCGUACUGAUUUUGGACUUUCUGGAAUAUUAUAAAAUAUAACACAUUAUGAACUGUAAAAUGUUCCCUUAGAUACUGCAAACAACAACAACAACAGAUAUUUCCACAGCUAUACCGGGCUUUGCAAAAGUUCUGUUACACGGUUUCAUGAUCUUUAGAGACGUUUACAUGUCGGAGUGAAA